AUGGGAACGACAAUAUAUUCACCCGCCUUAUUAGCAUAUAUUCAUAUAGACCUACACGCCUUCAGCAAUGUAAAGGUCAAACAAGACUAUCUACGUGAACAGGGCCAGGAGGCCUCCCGACUGUCCACUAAAGCCUAUCCCUUUGUGCUCGUAUUCUCCUUGUUGCUAGUCUCUCCCCUGUUGAUCGUUGCCAUGGCAAUGGGAUCUCAUGAUGACGUAGUCAUCAUCCUGACGUCCGUGGCUGCGGCGGUGAACCUGGUGGUGUGGGCCGUUUACUCUGCCGCUUGCUUCGAGUAUUCUGAAGCUGUGCUACUGAAGGCGCGUGGAAAGAACUUUGUCUGGACUGUACUAUGGUCCAUAUUCUUCAUGCUCACACUGUCGUGGUUGCUAACUCUGCUGGCGUGGUUUGAAUACCGAGACGCCAGCCCCACCACCAAUGACGAACCUCAA